GGUUUAGAUCGUCGGUCCGGGAACUGGGCAGAAGGGGGAGAAAGCAAAAUGGCGGAUCAACUCUUAUCAAAGAUUCACAAAGUUCGCAUAGAAUAGGGUAAAAGAUUCUGUUGGAAAAGAGCAUGGCGUGCUGUUUAAACCAGAAAGAGAGUAUGGUCAAACAGUAAUCGUCUAAAGGAUGUUCGGAUUGUAUACAUAAGGCCAAAACAAACUACCCAACACUCGCUUGGAUAAAUUAUCGAGAAGCAUGGAUAUAGUACAAUAUUUUCCAACCGCCAGAGCGUUUCGCGCAAUUCGCUCUGCUAGUGUUACAGAGUUAUCAAAGCUUGAUAACGCGUCCCUUCGACCGCUGUUACCAUGUCUUGUCCGAAUGGCUUUGUGUUCGCCAGUUGAUCAAAGCGUUUCAUGGACAGAGGCGAGAAAAGAAGUUCAGAAGAUUCUUUCUGGCUUAGAGAUAGUGAAUUCCAUUGUGGCAUUGCUUUCUGUGGACUUCAGUUUCCUUGAGCAGGACGCGUUAAAAGAGUUACAGUUGAGAAAGAAGGUCGGUGGCGGUGCUGGGGCAUCCGUUCUCGUGGAAUCAUUGCAAAAUGAGCUUGCUUUGGAGUUCGAGAGAAGUGAGCCAUCCAGAAGACUACGCUUGAUCCUGAGCGAACUUUUAAGAAUCAUGAGUAAGCUGCCAUCCACAGAAGAAUUUCUGCCAGAGAAAUCUGAGUUGUUUGAGUGUGAGAUUUAUCUUGAGGAGGUCUCUGAUGUGUUGUGUAUCGCACAAGCUGAGCUUCCUUCUCUUCUUCCUUUGGAACAAGUAGCAGAAGCUUUGUUAAGGGUCAAAUAUGGCCCUUGGUUGCUAUGCCGAUUAGUAGCUAAUGUUCCUGAUAACUUUGAACAAGUUUGUCAUUCUCUGCUUGAAAAUGGAGAAUCCCAGGAUGACAGUGCACUAGGAGGAAUGGUCCGCACCAUUGCCCUACGCCAACUGUGUGCUAUGGACCCUAGCCAUGCCCUAACCAUGAGAGCUAAAGCCACUAGGCUUUGCCGACUGCCGGGCCUUGCCAUUGCGUUGACACUCGACUUUGGCGCGGAUGACAGUGGGAGUGACCUUGUGGCGUUUCUCAGCGGGAUCAUGUUUGGAGGUGAUUUGAAGAGCAGGACUUGGUUUUCAGAGUUUAUCAAGAUAGGGCAAAGGUCUUCCAGUUCAAUGCUUCACUCUCUCAGAGCUCAGCUUCUCAAGGAUGUCACUUCACUGGUCUCGUCAAAGGAUCAGCAAGUAGAAGGGUUAGCAACACACUCCAUACACGAAGACAAGGAGACGCUAGAGAUCCUACAAGCAAUGGAAGUCAACACAGACUUUGAAGUGGUUGAAGAAGUGAAACCCUCAGCUGCUAAACCCAUGCAUGCAUUUGAGAUAGCCAAAGAAAAGGUUCUUUAUGGCAGUGCAUUACUGAAGCUCUAUUGCGGCCUGAAGAACAUUGCAGGGAUGAAGCUGACACGCCCAGAGUCUGAUAGUCUCCUGUCUCUCAUCACAUGUCACCCUCCCCCUUCUGCAGCAGGCGUGCGCUUUGUAGUUGUUGGACUGUGUACUUUGCUUGCUUGUCCUCAUAUCGUAAGCACUCCAGAGAAUGAGCAAGCAGCCAUAAACUGGAUAAAGUGGUUGUCAAAAGAGGAGUCCCAUUAUGAGGCAGCUAGUGGCAUGCACGCCUCCUUUGGGGAAGUCCUUCUGCUUAUAUCAAUUCAUUUCCAUGGCAACCAGCUUGAGUCGGUAGCCGAACUUGUCUCGUCCAUACUUGGGAUGAGAGUGAGACCUGGGUCUCUCAGUCGAAUGAAGGCACUUUUUACGCAAGAGCUGUUUCCAGAAAAGGUUGUUGCCGCACAUGCUGUCACUGUUCCAGUUACACCGCAGCUCAGUGCUAACGACACAGGCUUUCUUCCAAUUCACUGUGUACACCAACUCCUCAAGACCAGAGCUUUUACCAAGCACUCAGUCGCAGUUAAGGACUGGGUGUAUAAACAAUUGUGUACUUGUGUUACCCCUCUCCACUCUCUCAUCCCUGGUCUGGUAGAAGCCUAUGUAAACACUGUCAUCACUCCAUUGCAUGGAAACAAGGUUCCCAGAAAACAAGUAUGCUACCCUACUCAGGAUGGUUUUACAGAAGCAGAAAUCCUUGCAGUUUUUAAGCAAGUAGACAAUAAAGAUAAGACUGAUUCAAGUGGAACAUCUCUUGUCCGUCACCCAUCUGUCUAUAUAACCAACGACACAGAGAAGACUUCGUCUUUUGCUCCUCGUCUACUCAUGCUGUACUAUGUCCUGUUGUAUCAGGACAUGCUACUUAACAACAUGAAAAACUUGGUCACAAGUAACGUGCAACACCAGUCGUACAGCUCAGGUCUGCUAGCCCACAUCCCCAUCAAGUACCUGGUGCACCAGGCUCGUGCCCGACCGGCGGAGUACCGUGGCCUGUAUGCACCUAUACUGCGCCUUCUCUUCACUCACUAUCCUCACCUCUGUCUUGUUGAUGAAUGGCUGGUUGAGGAAGAGCUGAUGAACACCCCGCAAAACCAAGGCAUUGCUCUACAGGGUGAUCUAAUGGUCAUGGAUGUGCAAUGCUCGCCUUUCAAGCUCAAACAAGCUUUCAACAUUGCGCAUGAUCGCCCAACGGCCGCAAUGCUACUGCUGACCAAGCUUCAAACCCUGGAACCUAGUCAGCUCAUUCCUUAUAUGGACCCUCUCGUUCGAUCCCUUCCUCUGUUGCUACUGGUCCCAACCCCAAGGCGUCUCUUAACGUUGUGUUGUGAUAUCUGGACUCGACUUAGCACCAUUAUACCCAGGAAGUUAUGGUUGGCAACGGUGAAUGUGUUGUGUCACGAGGGGCCGCAACCUUACACAGACGAAGACCUUGCCCGGGACCCACUUACAGUACUCAGAUGCGACCGUAGGGUGUUCAGGUGCCCCCCUAUGUUUGACAUAGUAGUUAGAGUCUUGCUAGCGUACCUCGCCGCCUCGCGUACCAUGCUGAGUCAGCACCUACACACCCAGCAAGCACCGCGCACCAACAGUGCUGUGGAACAGGAGAGAGAGGAGCUCAGGGUGGCUCUGGUCGCAGCUCAAGAGAGCGCUGCCGUUCAGCUCUUGUUGGAGAUUUGUUUACCGAAUGAGCAGGAUAAACAGGAGGAGAGCUGCAGCAUGCACUCCUGUGUUCUGCGCGAGAUUAAGUGUCGUGUCUGCUCCUCGCUCCAUCAGAUGUUCAUCGCUGAUCCCAGCCUGGCCAAGCUUGUGCAUUUCCAGAGCUACCCUUUAGAACUUUUGCCUGUCACUGUAGCAGGGAUACCCUCCAUGCAUAUCUGUUUGGACUUUAUACCUGAGCUAGUGAACCAAACACAGCUGGACAAACAGCUAUUCGGUAUUCAGUUGGCGUCGUACCUAGUGCUUCAGUACCCUCUUCCCAAGUCUCUGAACGUCGCUAAGUAUAUCCUCAGCCGCAUGUCCUCGCUCCUCGUAGCGCUACCCGCCUCAUCAAGGGAGGCCUUCUUCAGACCAGCCCUACCCUCCUUGGUCAGGUUUUGUCGCGCUUUCCCCCCUCUCCACGUGGAUGCCACGCCCUUCUUGAUCCAGCUGGGGAAAGUAGCAGCGUCACACGCAGUGUUGUCAACUAACUCUUCCAUAGGUGUUCAUGAUUCAUUGUUGGCGCGGCUUGCCAAGGGAUUGGACCCAUUAGAAAUUUCCACUGAUCAUGAGGACCACGGAUUCAACGAGGAUGUCCAAUCAGUAAGCAGUGUGGGUGACGAGGGAUCAAGUGACCUCACACUAUGCGUGGCUGUCGAAAAGACGUUUUCUGAGCUUGUUAGACUUGCCGUGGUAAACCAGCAAGGUGUAAAUACAUGAGAAAGCCGUCGCGUAGCAUGCCACUCUAUUAGAUUAUAAAUUAUAUUUUCUUAGUUUGUACUAUUGAUCUUACAAACCAGCGUUUUUGUCAGCUUAUUAUUUAGUAAAAAUUCUCCUUCUGGCAACUGGGAUAUCGGCAGGUAAUGUCCAAGGAUAAGUAUUGGUACGAUAAAUAAACAGUUGGCCGAGAAGCGAAGCAAUUUACCACCGUGACUGGUUGAUGCUUUUGUUUAUAACGUCACAUGAACACCGUCAUGACAAUACGUCUCUCCCAUUCUCAUUGGCCAAGGUUGCCACGGUAGCGCGCGUCGCAUUGUUAGCAUGAGAAAGUUUCUCCAGGAAGAGUAAUGAGAUUAACAGCGUCUCAGUAAAUCCCGAAUCAGUUUCAUAAACAAAACGAAAACCAUUAUCAUGCAAUGUCUCAUUUUUAUUUAUUUUUCCCAUUGUGCUUACAACUUUAUUUACACAAAAGAAACUUUCUUUCUUCGGGUAAUUCAGCAAUUUGCUUUACUGAAAAAGCUACGUCUUUUUCUGUUGAAUUGCUCAUCCGUUAUAAAUGCGCUAGCACAUCUCAUUCGACAUACGAAUAGCUAAAGAUCAUAGCUGUUUACAAGACAGAAAGUUAUGUUAGCAGCAUGAGCUAUUUACAAUAUUGUUUUAAAUAUCGGCAGAUGCUGGAAAAGAGUAUACGAAUAGUAUGCGAUUAAUACUUGCUACAUUGAUUGGAUAUAAUAAGAAAAGUAUCCGAUCA